UCCAUUUUGUGUAGUCUUCUUGGCAGACACAACAGCUACAUGGGACAAGAUAACCAUACAAGUGUAUCAGAAUUCCUCCUUCUGGGACUUUCAGAGAAACCAGAGCAACAGCUGCUCCUCUUUGGGAUCUUCUUGACCAUGUACAUGGUCACCAUGAUUGGGAACUUGCUCAUCAUUCUGGCCAUCUAUUCUGACUCCCACCUCCAUACCCCUAUGUACUUCUUCCUCUCCAACCUGUCCUUCGUGGAUCUCUGUCAGGUAUCUACCACAAUGCCUAAGAUGUUGAUAAACAUCCUGACACACAACAAGGCCAUCCCCUAUGCUGGCUGCCUCAUUCAAAUGUAUUCUUUUCAUUUGUUUGGAACCAUGGAUAGUUUUCUCCUUGCUGUGAUGGCCUAUGACCGUUUUGUAGCCAUCUGUCACCCACUACGCUAUGCAACCAUCAUGAGUCCUCGGCUCUGUGUCCUGCUUGUGGGAGGACCCUGGGGUAUCACCAAUCUCCAGUCAGUGGUACACACCUCCCUAAUGGCCAAGUUGACCUUUUGUGCAAACAACAAAAUCCCCCAUUUCUUCUGUGACCUCAUGCCCCUGCUGAAGCUCUCCUGCUCUGACACCCACAUCAACGAGCUGGUGAUUUUAGUCUUUGGCGUCUUCAUGGGCAUAAGUCCCCUGGUAUGCAUUCUUCUCUCCUAUAUCUGCAUUUUCUGUGCUGUCCUUCGGGUUCCCUCUGCCGAGGGGAAACGGAAAGCCUUCUCCACCUGUGGCUCUCACCUCACUGUGGUCUUACUCUUUUAUGGAACCAUUUUUGCUGUGUAUCUGCAGCCCUCAGGUCCCACCUCUCCACAAAAAGACAAGGCAGCUGCUGUGAUGUGUGCAGUAGUCAUACCCAUGCUGAAUCCCUUUAUCUACAGCCUGAGAAAUAGGGAUAUGAAGGGUGCUUUAAGGAAACUCAUAAGCAGAAAACCCUCACAGUAA